UCCUUUGGGGAAAAAAGUGCUCAGCUUUUUUUUUAGCUGACAUCUUUGUGUUUUAGCCGUUAGCUUUGGUUGUUUAGAAACUUUUACACCCAGUUUCAUCUGUCAAAGUAAACACACGAGCUCCACGCUGUGCGCCAGAGCCAUAAGAGGCCGGGGAAAGUGAAAAUGGAAGAAGUCCAGCUUGGCACCAAUGGCACUGACUCUUCCUCCACAAACUCACAGGUAGCCCCACAGAUGUCAUUGGCCGGUUCUCCUGUCACUGUUGUACAGUUGCCCGGGGGACAGUUACAGGUUCAGGGGGUGAUCCAGUCCGCACAGUCCUCAGUCAUCCAGUCUCCACAAGGACACACUCCACAGACCCAGGGCUCGGACAGUGACGAUUCACAGGACUCUUCAGACAGUGGAGCCACAGCCCAAAGACCCAGAGAGCUGCUCGCCCGCCGGGAGUCCUACAAAAAAAUCCUCAAUGAGCUCUCCUCUGAGACGGGUGCAGAGAUCAGCGCAGUGUCCACAGGGGUCACUGGGGUCGCGGUCCCCUCCACACCCAUCUACCAGACCAGCUCCGGGCAGUACAUUACUAUAGGAGCAAAUGGGACGAUCCAGUUGGCAUCUCCGGGCUCCGAUGGCCUCCAGGGGGUGCAGGCUCUGACCAUGUCCAGUGCGGGAGGGGCGCAGUCGGGCACCACCAUCCUGCAGUAUGCCCAGACUCCGGACGGGCAGCAGAUACUCGUGCCCAGUAACCAGGUGGUGGUGCAAGGAGCCGGGGGCGAGAUGCAAACGUACCAGAUCCGGACCACGCCCUCCUCCAGCUCUCUGCAGCAGACCGUCGUCAUGACAACUCCAGUGGGGCUGUCCCAAACCAAGACAGAUGACCCCACACUGAAGAGGGAGAUCAGGCUCGCCAAGAACAGGGAGGCAGCUCGUGAAUGUCGAAGGAAGAAAAAGGAAUAUGUGAAAUGUUUGGAAAACCGUGUGGCCGUUCUGGAAAACCAAAACAAGACGCUCAUAGAGGAACUGAAAACUUUAAAGGACCUGUAUUGUGUAAAAUCUGGAUAAUGGCAAAGGGUUUAAUCAAAGCAGCAGCUCAGUCGCAGGACUCUGGGGCAGGUUUGUGGGAACACUUUAUUUCAGGUGCGAUUCUUCAGUUUUAUACUUGUGUAACGUGAUGUGAUGGCAGUCUGAUACUCUCAACAAAACAAGUGCAAAACCAGGUCAAAUCAAGUGGAACGUUGGGUAAAAUAUAAACAAUUGACGGACGCCAUUUUGGGGACUAAUGAUCACCAUGACCUUUUUAGAUGCACGUUUUUAAAUCCAGAUUCAGUUCAGUGUCCUUUUGUAAGUAGUUUCCAGAGGGUAGAGUAGAGUAUUCAGAAACAUUAUCAUUUGAGAAAACAAAACUCAUGCAAAUCAACUUGGGACACAGCGUGAAGCAUAAACAAUUAACGAACGCCAUUUUAGGGACUAACGAUCACGACGACCUUUUAAAUGCAUGAUUUUAAAUCAGGAUUCUGUUCAGUGCCCUUUGUAAGUAGAAUAGAGUUGGACUAUCCAGAAACAACAAGUCAAGCUGGAGCAUUGUGCAAAAAUGGACGCCAUUUUGAGGACUAAUUAUGAUUUGUAUUAAUUUUUUUCAAUUAGAAUACAAUUUUAGACUCUCUACUUACAAUUUGAGAGCACGAAAUCCAUUCAAAUGAAGUUGGGACAUUUUGUAAAAAAAAAUAUUUUUGGAGACAAAUUUUUUUUGUGUUUUUGCAAUUACGGUGACCUUUUUAGAUGCAUGUUUUUAAAUGAGGAUUCAGUUCUGCGUCCUUUUUAAGUAGAAUAGAGGUGGAGUAUCCAGAAACAACGAGACAAAAUGGAACAUUGUCUAAAAACAAACGAUGCCAUUUUGGGGACUAAUUAUUUUAAAAUGCCACAUAUCAGUUGCCUGUUUUGGAUUCAAACCUGUUGUCCAUCCAUGUUUUUGUCAAAUGUCUAAAAGGGCCAUUAACCAAACAUCUGCUUUUGGAAAUAAUGACAGAAACAAUAAGCCAGUUGGAAACAGGUGUCCCUCUGUAUCAAAACAAAUAUGGCUGUUUACAAGGAAAAAUAAAGGGGGGAAAAAAUCACACGCAGCUGAAAAACAUAGUGAAUUUCUGCAGAAUCAGUGAACUCAGAGAAAUUAUAAAUUUUUUUUUUUCAAUUAGAAUGCAAUUUUAGACACUCUUCCAUUCAAAUCCUUAGGGACAAACUUUUUAGAUGCAUGUUUUUAAAUGAGGAUUCAGUUCAAGUUGAAAAGAGUUGGAGCAUUGUAAUAGGAGAGUCGAAACUCAUUGGAAUCAAGUUGGGACAGUGUGUAAAAACAAUUCAUGGACGCCAUUUUGGGAACCAAUUAUGAUAUUUUGCUUGAUGAUAUUUUAGACGCAUAUCUUCAACCCAGAGUUCAGAUUUCAGUCUUUUCAAAAUUUAAUGCUCCCAGACCCUAAAAAUGAACCGCUAAACUAAUAUAAGAAUCACAUGCGUUUUCAAGUCUAAAAUCCAAAUGUGCUUUAUAAAAAUGUGGCUAUUUAAAAUACAAGGUGAGCAGUUUAUUCCCCAUAAAAACAGGACAUUUUGGUGUUUGCAGAGGACGUUCUCAUCUUAUCCUCUGAGAUUUGAUAAUAUUGAAGUUGUUAUUUAAAUAUAAAGUUACAUAUUCAAGACUUGUGGCUACUCAGAAGAUGUUUACAAUUGUUUUGCUGGCCUAUUUCACCAAAAAAAUGUUUAAUCAUAGAUCUUAAAGUUGCAGUGUGUAACUUUUCUGUUUGAGAGUGUGCUUGUCUCUAGGCCAACUUACAGGUCAGAUCUGUGGGGAGGCCAGCCCAAGCAAAAUAAGUGAGUAUUUUUCAGGGUUGUUCUGAGCAAUAAAAACAUCAAGUUGGAUCAUUUUGUUAAUGCCAUACUUUGGAACAUUACAGGCAAAAGCAAUAACAUAUUCAUUAGGACAAGCAGGUUGUAUACUCUUGAUCAGAAAAGUUACGCAGUGCAACUUUACAUGGAAUGUCGAAAUAAUUAUGUUUUAAAAUAUUCCAGCUUUCCCAGUUCUGAUACAGAUCUUGUUACUUUACCAGUAUCGAACCGGCGCAUCACUAAAAAAUAUAAGAUUUAUACAAAGAAAAUAUAAAAAACAAUUUAAAACGCCAAAUAUUUUUUCCCGAACUGAUUUUGCACUUGUUCUUGUUUCCACCUGCUGUUUUUUAAUCGCUAUAACAUUUAUAGUUGUGUACAUUUUAAUACUGGGAAGUUUGAAACCGUGAGCUUUACUCUCACUUUCUAAAUGUAUCCCUUUGUUUAUUUUUGUGUUUUUAAAAUUGCUGAUAUUUUUUUUUCUUUCUAACCUCUUCAGAUUUUUAACUGUAUGAACUGUUUCACAUCAUGUUUUCAGUUUUAUUUUUUGUGAACCGAUUCUUAUGUUUUGUUUCCCAUAAAGGAGAUGUUGCAGAUGUGUCAUUCCUUAGUGCAGUGCAAUGGACGAUAGAAAGGA